AUGCUGGGACCUGAUCAUUACAACUAUCAUGAAGGAUCUCCGCUAUCUAUCACUACUACACCCACCAUAAACACCAGCACCACCAGCACCACCAGCACCAGCGCCAUCUUCCCCUCAUACUGCACCUCGUCGCCUGGGACCCCCAAGCCCGUGUUCGCAGUCACUCCUCCUACUCCGGCCGACGUUUCUGGAUACUUCUCAACGCAGACUCAGUGGUUGGAUCUUGCCGCGGCUUCCGCGACAUCCUUCUACGGUCAACAACCGCCCCCGCCGAGCCCAGCUCCUGUUGGCUCGCCUGCCGGGAUUACCACUGCACUUGGGAGUACCCCCCCAGAAUCUUUGCAAGUAUCACCUACCGCGGCGAAUCGGCCCUUCAACCGGAUCACCACUACCAACACCAUAACAACUUCCGGAAAGCGAAACCACGACACUAUCGCAACAACUCCACCCUCACAGUUAAACUUUCGCCAAUCAGCGGCGGGGAAGAGAAAGCGCUCGCCCCGAGAAAUCCCAAGAAGCGACGCAGGGGCUUCAGCUACAGCUACAGAUACACAUACCGCCACCCCAAUCAAUACCGGUAACGGAUAUAGGCGCAGAACUUGGGGGAGAGACUUCGCAAUGAGUGUAGCUAGUCAGGACGAUAAGUCGCGCGUCGCAUCGAACGCGUAUUUCCCGGACAUCCCAAAGAUACUACCGCAUGAGAAGGUAUUUCCGAUACAGAUUGGCGGGGAGCUAUUUCGAUUAAGUGGCGCGUCAAUAUCUUCAGAUGCUCCCUCGUACUUUUCGCAAUUCUUUGAACAACAGUUGGCAAAUCUAGAGGAAAACCAGACUAUCCGGACACUCUACAUUGACCGUGACCCGAUUACAUUUAGAGAUAUCGCACGUCACCUUCAAGGAUAUCAUGUUUCCCCAAAAGAUGGUCAACACUUCGUAAGACUAUUUGCAGACGCCCAAUUCUACAGCCUUCCGAAAUUAAUCUCGCAACUCUUUGAAUCGGAAAUUUUCAUUUCAAUUGGCUCUCGCCACUUCCAAAUCAAUCGCGAUCUCUUUCAGUCCCCCGGAAACUCGCCGAACUACUUCUCCUUAGGCUUUGCCGUCUUUUUCUCCUCUCCAAACGAAGUCUUCCCCGGCCUCGCUCGUGAAGGCCUCCUCCGACCUCCUUCAAUUCUCCCUCCGGAGGUGCCCAACCGCUCCGCCGACGUAUUUGCCGAGCUUCUUCACCUCCUCCGCGGUUAUCCCGUUCACAUCCGGAACGAAGAACAUCGCCAGGAGCUCCUGCGCGACUGCAAAUAUUUCCAUCUUAAAGGACUAGAACAAAAGCUCAUCCCCCAUGAGAUAUCUUGGAAUCAGAGACGCCAGCGCCAAGAGAUUGUGAUCCGCCUCGAGGACAUCAAACCCUCCGGCGUUGCCUUCCUCCCUGACUCUGGUGGGGAUCAGUUCCCUGGGGCUAAACAGUCGAGCGGAUGGAUAAAUUAUAUGCGUCCAUUUGUUGACGAUAUCCAGCGCGAACUGGUCGUUGAGAUAGGGGGCGAGCAAACUAAAGUUGACUUCCGCAGUGGCCGCGCUGAAUUCACCGGGACUACCAACCAGCGUGUUUCGGCAUUAUUCCAGGUGAUUGCUAAUAAACUGGGGCUGCCGGUUGGGCAUGAGAGAGCUCUUGGACUUGUACUGUUGGGACAGAACGGGUCGACAACCGGGUCCUCUGGUCCUGCGAGCCCGGGAAAUACCCCUUUGAGCGAAGAUCGAGUUAAGAUCAAGCUCGGACCAGAAUGUUUUAUCAAGUUGGAUGGAGAGGAGUAUUUGGAUCGGGAUUGGAUGGGUUCAUUUGACGCCCACGAUAACGAUAUGGCGGAUGGCGUUUCCGCACCAUCUGGAAGUGAUGCAGGGAGGAGUGUGGGCGGUACUCCGAGCCCAGGCAUGAAUUGGCAACAUAGUGCGAGUAGACCCGCAUCUACUAAGCCAUUCUUGGGGGUACAAGGGCAAUCAGGCCCACGGAAGAGACACAAAAGACAAGGCAGUAUGGAAGAAGGUGGUGGUGAGUGGGUUGUGAAAAGGGGACAGUGGAGAGUCAGAGUACAGACUACCACUGGGCAAGAUGGGAGGAGUGGGGUGGAGGUCGUACUCGUGGGAGUAAGACUGGAGGCGUUCAGUGGAGAAUAUGGUAGGAACUCACAGCGUGGGUUUUUAAUUUAA